AUGGGUUUGGUUCUCAACACUGGUUUAGGUUCUGAGGUUGCGGACUCUGAACCUGUUGCUAGUAGUAUUGCUCCAGAGCCGGAUAAGAAGAAGAGGGGAAAAGCAUGGCUCGCAUGGGAAGAUAGAGCUUUGGCUAAACAGGUGCUUGCGGAUGAUCCAAUUUUCAACAAAACUGGAAAGAAGGAUGAGCGUUGGCGUGAGGUAGCAGAACACCUUGAGAAAAGUGUUGGAAUCACUCGCUCUGGUGCAUCCUGCCGGAAUAGAAUGGAUCUUUUGGUGGAAUGGCAUCGGAAGGAAGAAACCCGGUCCAAGCAGAAGACUGGGGAGGUAGAGGAGGUCAACGGCCAUGUUCGCAACAUGACGGAUAUCUGUCUUUUGUUUGAUUCUGUAUCCAAUCAAUUGGAAAUCAGACAGGAGGCUAAAGAUAAAUUGGCAGAUAGAAAGGUAAAAGCGAGUCAACUUAGAGAAGCUUCUAAGCAUUCGCAAAUUCGGAAAAGGGACUUGAUAGAAGUUGAUGAUUCGGUUUCCAAUGGCGAGGAGAGUCCAAGGAAAAAAGUGCGCGCUCCUAAAAAUCAAUUUGCUACUGAAGUAGAGGGGGUUUUGAGCGGUCUACAGGAGAAGGCCGAUGCAUUUCGGGAAGCCAUUUUGGAAAGAGAGAGAAGAGAUAAAGAGAGGGAAGCAAGAGAGAAACAGCGGGCAGAGGAGCAAAGGGAAUUGAAUGCAAAUCUCAACGCUUUUAUUAGCACGAUGAGUGCUUUCAUUCAGAAUUCUGCGGGCAAAGAAUCUAGUACUAGUAGUAGAUUAGUCAUCUCCAACUUCAACCUCGAAGAACUGGGAAAUCUGCGGUCUAUGAAGACAUACAUGCGCGUUGUGCAACAAAACAGCGACAGGAUAUUGAAGACCAAUAGGUGA